CCGGCUGAGUAAGGGGGAGGGCUGGAGGCCAGCCGACCAAUCACCGCUCAGAAGCUUAGGUCCUCAGCCGUUACCUGUUUGUCGUCCUCAGGCCACCACAAGUGACUGAUCGCGAAAGAGUAGUUCACGUCUUCCUGCCUGGUGACAGACGGGUCGUAGUGCUUUUUCUUCAGUCGGUAGGCUGCUGUCCGGAGCGUCUGUUUCUGUGCAGAGGACUGCAGCCAUGUCUCACUCCCGGACUCUCCGAGUAGAUUAUGAAAAAACUACUAGGGUAUUAUGCGUGGUCGGAUCUGAACUAAAUGUGAACCUCAACAGGACCGCCCCCCCGAGCUCCAGGUUCUUCUCUGUGAAGUGCACAUCCAGUGUUCAGUACAGGAUCAACCCCCCUCCUCAGGAGAUCUCACACCUCUCCCCCAUCCCUCUCUCUGACAACUCAGUGCUGGUCAUCAGCAUGAAACAUGCCAGUCAACAUGAAAAUGAUAGCAAGUUGUCUGUUCAGUACUAUGGGGAGAAGAAAGAUGUCUUAGGAAGAGCAAUUCUGCACCUGACAGCUGUUGAGAUCUCUUUGGAUGUGGAUGCUGACAGAGAUGGCAUUGUGGAGCACAACAAUCCUGAUAAGGGAUCCUGGAAAUGGGGUCCUGAUGGGCAUGGAGCCAUCCUUUUGGUCAACUGUGACUCAGAGAGGACCUACUUGAAGAAACCGGACCACGAGCGGACAUCCAUCAUCAGAGUGUCUGAUCUGAAGGACAUGUCAGUCAUGGUGCUGCGGACCAAAGGACCAGCCAAGCUUCCAGAGGGCUACAAACUCACCAUGCACAUCUCUCAGGGAGACGCAGAAAGUGUCCGAGUCUUCAGAACCAGAUCACCUGGAAUGAUGAAUUACAGCAUAGCAUAUACACUCUUUAAUGUCUUUGUGAGGGACUUUCCUCUGGUGCUGAGCAGUGAGAUCCUCUCUCAGGAAGUGCCUUACCUUGGAGGUGAAGCAGAGAUGAACUUUUAUGUGGAGGGCCUCAGGUUUCCUGACAGAGAUUUUAAUGGGCUCAUCAGCAUCAACCUCAGUCUUUUAGAGCCCAUCGGUGAGGCUCUACCUGAGACGCCCAUUUUCACAGACAAAGUGAUGCUCAGGGUGGCACCGUGGAUCAUGACACCCAACACCCUGGAGCCGCUUGAGGUGUUUGUCUGCAGUACGUCUGAUAACUACUCAUUCCUGAGUGGAAUGAGGAACCUUGUUGCAAAAAGUGGGUACAAGCUGAACGUUUGCCAUGAGUAUAUGAACAGAGGAGACCGCUGGAUGCAGGAUGAACUGGAAUUUGGUUACAUUGAUUCACCUCAUCAACGGUUUCCUGUUGUUCUGGAUUCCCCAAGAGAUGGAAACCUCCAGGAUUUUCCAUAUGAGAAGCUACUGGGCCCCAACUUUGGCUAUGUGACGAGGACGGCUGAGAAUGAAGAAGUGAGCAGUCUGGACUCGUUUGGUAAUCUGGAGGUCAGUCCUCCUGUUACCGUGAAUGGAAAAAAAUACCCCCUGGGCAGAAUCAUCAUUGGAGUGGCCUUCCCUACGGCAACUAAAGGACGAAACAUGACAAAAGUAGUUCAAGACUUCUUGUUUGCUCAGGAAGUUCAGGAGCCUGUUGCCUUGUUUUCUGACUGGCUGCUUGUUGGCCACGUUGAUGAAUUCAUGACUUUUGUUCCUGCACCUGACAGAAAGGGCUUUCGACUGCUGCUGGCAAGCCCCGAUGCAGGCUACAAACUGUUCAGAGGCUUACAGAAUGACGGACACGGACAGGCCAAAAUGUUUGACGGUUUGAAAGAUGAAGAACAAAUAACAGUGGAUGAGAUACUUAAUGAUGAAGUCCUCCAAAGUCAUAAUAACUAUGUACAGAGCUGCAUUGACUGGAACAGAGACUUACUGAAGAGAGAAUUGGGCCUGGACGAUGACGACAUCAUUGACCUGCCAAUCCUCUUCAAGUUGGUUCAGGAAAUGGACUACGACAGCAGAGCAGUGGCUUACUACCCGGACAUGGUGAACAUGAUUGUCUUGGGGAAAAAUCUCGGCAUCCCAAAGCCCUUUGGCCCCAAGGUGAAUGGAUGCUGCGCCCUUGAGGCUGAGAUGUGCUCUCUGAUGGAGGGUCUGGGCCUCCGGUGCACCUUCAUUGACGACUUUGCUUCCUACCACAAAUUACUGGGAGAGGUGCACUGUGGCUCCAACGUUCGGAGGCAACCGUUUGACUUCAAGUGGUGGAACUUGGAGAUGUGAGCAAAAACUAAGCAGGAGACAGAUUAAAGUUGUAGUCCUUAAGAUUUCAGGCCUGGUUAACUGGGUGACAUACCUAGCUACCAUGGUGAUAGCAAAUAUGAUUUAACAUUACAGCAUUUCUCCAUAACUAAAGGGAGGCGACCAGUACUCUGCUUUUCUUGUGACUGCUUCAAAGUAAAAGUCACCCCCUAGUUCACCAACUGAACAUUGUGGGUGUGUUCCAAUACCUGUGCUACCAUACUGCUGAGUGUGGCCCAAAACAAUGUAUGUCAAAUGCAGUAUGCUUAGAAUACCUAGAUGUCCUGCUACAUUUUUCACAUUUUGCUCUAUACAAGCUAGCAUGCUUUUCUUGUCAUGCUGACCAACAAUCCUCUGUGCAGCUGAAGAUACAUUAGUGUCUCAGGAAAGCAUUAACAAACUUGAGCCACCAAGAGUGCACAAACAGGUGAUAGCUCAUUUCACACAACAGACUGGAACUGUUGUGUGAUCAAGAUGCUCAAAGCUUACGGUGUGAUGUUAUUAUUAAGUAGUAUGUUUGAGUUGCAAGAAUAUGCAUUUCGUAAGGGCAGCUGAAGUGCAUAGUAAAAAUAGGAGGACAAAGUAUGCCAUUUGGAACAAAACCUCUAUGUGAAGCAGCAUCAGUAGGAAGGGAUUCCUUUGUUUUAGCAGUAUCGUAAUUUAGCUCUGACCUGGUGUAACACAGUGCCUAAUGAUCAAUAAGAGUUUUAUUUCCUGUGAAUCUUUUAUCUGUGCAGCAAAUUUACUUCCAGAGAAGGAAUAAUGUUCACUAACACUGAAAACGAAGACACAGAGCAGUAAAUGAGAUGGCUGUUGCUUAAAAAUGGCAAAAUGGUAUCAAAAUUAGAUUAAAUUUAUUGCUGAUUUUAAGAAUUGUAACUUGACAGGCAGGCAGAGCUAAGUUGCUUUCAUUUGCUCAGUUAUUUUACAAAACAGUUGCAAUAGAAAAGAUAGUAUUCUUUGUCAAAGCUUUACAUUAUUUCUGCCUUCAAUAUCAUGUAUCAAUAUCAAUAUUUUGUGCCUCAGUGUCACACUGAAAUACUUAAGUAACAGUCAUUCAUUGUUUGGCAAAAAUGACCCCACUGCUCAAUCUCUUUUAUGCAUCUUCCUCUUUAUUAAACAUUUUUGUUGACUUCAUUUACAAAAAAAAGUAAAGCAAUAUUUACAAACAAGUCUUUUGAACAAGGGCUUAAGCAAACUGUUGACAAGAACAGAAAUACAAUCAUUUGAAUCGAGCACAUAGAAGAUUCGUUCCCCAUGUCGUCGUGGUUGUUGGCCACUGGCAUACAGUGCAAGCACAGAUAGAUGAAUGAUGUGCGAUAAUAAUACAGAGCCACAAGAGGGCAGACUUCAUCUACUGAAGCAUUUUCAAGGUCCAGAGGACAUUGAUUUCAAAUUAUCCUUUUAAAAAGUCAAUUUAAAAGGCCAAAACACAAAUGUGUUGAAACUUCUUUCUGUGCUGUUCUAUGCAAUUUAUAUGAAGAGGGAUUUCUAGCUAGGAUAUAGGGCAUUUUGCAUUUGGUCCAGUGUCUUAAACCUUUUGUACUUUCACAAACUGUAAAUGCUGUCAUUAAUUUACUUCUGACAAUAAAUGUCCGCUUCAGUCAUG